CGUUAAUUAAAAAUCAAACGAUGACUUGCAAAACACGAAUCAACGAGUAUUAGAUUCACUCUCACCCACUCCACUACUGAGUCGUGGUACCGGCGGCGAUAGAGUGUAGGAGAAAGGAAGCUGAAAGAAAUGGCGUCGAAUCAAGUGAGGGCAUCCCACAUACUCAUCAAACACGAAGGAUCUAGGCGCAAAUCAUCAUGGAAAGAUCCAGAAGGUCGCAUCAUCUCUAACACCACCAGAGACGCCGCCGUUUCCCAGCUCAAAUCCUUUCGCGAUGACAUCAUCUCCGGCAAGUCUAAGUUCGAAGAUGUUGCUUCUCGCUUCUCUGAUUGCAGCUCCGCCAAACGCGGUGGCGAUCUCGGUCCAUUCAGUCGAGGGCAGAUGCAGAAACCUUUUGAAGUUGCAACUUUUGCACUGGAGGUUGGUGAGAUCAGUGACAUCAUCGAUACUGACAGUGGUGCUCACAUAAUUCUGAGAACCGGUUAACAUUGGUGGACAAAGUAUCUAAAGAUUCAAGAGCAAUUGCAAGUUGUAACGUUUCUUUUCUUUUUAUUUUGGUGUUUCAAAGACUACCCUUCCCACGUUGCAGCAACAAACUUAUAAAUUUUGAUUGUAUUAUCAGUCAAAUACAACUCCAGAUGCCUGAUGUUUAUAGACGUUUUUAUCCAUGUGUUGAGAGUUUCUCAACUUGUGGCACCCUCUAAAUUCAAUUACCGUUUGACUGA